AAGAUGCUUCCUUAUAGAGAAUUUCAAGCAGUGGUGCUUGCUGGUGGAGGAGGAUCCCGUAUGACUGAACUCACCCAUGGACAACAUAAAUGUUUAUUACCAAUUGGAAAUGUACCAAUGGUUUGGUAUCCCCUUCAGUUAUUGGAACGUGUUGGAUUCAAAGAAGCUAUUGUUAUUGUAUCUGAAAAUAUGGAGAAUAAUGUAUCCUUUGCCUUGAGCAACUUGAACCUUAAAAUUAAGACAGAUAUUGUUGCUAUUGAAGAUGCAGAAGACCUAGGAACUGCUGAUUCCAUAAGACUUAUUCAUGAGAAAAUUCACACAGACUUUAUAGUGAUCUCCUGUGACUUGAUUACAAAUGUUGAUAUACGUGAAAUCAUAAAUCUUUAUAGGAAACAUAAUGCUAGUAUCACAGCUCUAAUGUUACCUGUUCCUAAAGUGCCAGAUGACCUUGUAACUCCAGGUCCCAAAAGUAAGCAAAAACCUGAGACUGAUUUGAUUGGUAUUAGCAAUGAAACAGGACGUUUAAUUUUCUUGGCAUCAGCCUCAGAUUUUGAGGAAACCAUUAACAUUUCGCAAACAUUACUUAAGAAACAUCCAAGUUUCACUAUCCAUUCAAAAUUAAUGGAUGCUCAUUUAUAUGUCAUAAACAAAUGGGUUUUAGAUUUCUUAGUGCAUAAUAAAAAUUUUACUACACUGAAAGGUGAACUUCUUCCAUACAUUGUUAGCAAGCAAUUCUCUAAACCUUCUAAGCAAUGUUUAGAUGAUAAAAACACUUCGAUCGUGCGAGUAAACUUAAAAGAAGACAUCUAUCGUUUUGCGACUGAAAAACCGCUUGAUGAGUUGAUUAGAAAAAUGUCGGCAUAUAAUGAUCAUAGUACUGAUUUAGAGGAUGCUUAUCAUGGGGAUAUAAUAAGGUGUUAUGCCUACAUUGAUAGUGAAAAAUUUGGUUUAAGGGCAAAUACCAUACAAAUGUAUCACCUUGCUAAUACUAAGAUAUCAGAAUGGUGGUCCAAUGAUGACAGUGAAUUAUCUUUUAUACCAAGUAUCUCAUCUAUGGCAACUGUACAUAGCACACAAAUGCAAGACUGUUGCGUGGGCAGUAAUGCCCUGAUCCAUGAUAAAACAUCUCUUAAACAUAGUCAUAUAGGAUCAAAUGCAGUUGUUCAAUCAAAAACUAGAAUAUCGCAGAGCAUUAUUAUGGAAAACGUUAUAAUUAAGCAAAGGUGUGUAAUACAUAAUUGUAUAUUGUGUAAUGGUUGUGUCAUAGAAGAAGGAACAGAGUUGAAGGACUGUGUCGUUGGUCCUCAACAUGUUGUAACAUCUGGAAGUCAACAUUCUCGCGAAGUUCUUACUGAUGAAGAUAAACUAAUAGAAAUUUAA